CAAGGUCUGUGAGGGGGAGGUUUCCUCGGGUGCAUCACCUCAGCCCUUGGAUUCGUCUCGCUGCGGGCUUCGACCUCAGCCUGAAGUGAUGAGUGAUAAAGCAGAGGAGUCCGCUGCUGGGCCCAAAGGCCAAGUGAGACGUCCUGGAAAACCCAUCACUCCGCCUCCGUUUAAGAAAAGGCUGAGCAUGCCGCUGCCAUCAGUGAGAGAGGAAGGAGACGGAGCAUCCCAACCCGAGGGCUCAGCCAUCUCCUGGGAAGAUGAUGACCCCCAAGACACAGCAAUGUAUGUGUCGGGAGAUGUGCCCGAUAAACUGCCAAUACCAGCGGAAAUCAAUAUGGAAAUAAAAGUGCAAUUAAAGAAGGAAAUUCGAUAUUUUGAAGGAAAUCCCACACUGGUGGAUAUGUUCGGAUGUCUGAACGUAAGCAUGGGAAGCACAGAACAUGAGAGAAUCUUGAAAUUGCUUGAAGGAGUGCAAGGACCUCCAGAAGUGCAGAAAAAAUUUGUCGUGUAUGCCAUGAAGGAAGCGGCAAGAUUGAAAAGAGAAGACUUAAUAAGUCACCUUGAGAAGGUCCUAGAGAAAAUAGAAUAUGACCAGUUUCUCAACAAAGGUGAUCGCUCCCCAACCUUAUAAUCCCGUUAUGGCAACGAUCAGUGAGAAGGCAGAACCAGUUGGCUGUCCUGGAGUGCGACCAGAUAUUGUUGAUGCCUCCCAGCACAAAUUAGUUAAGAAUUGUCUUCUUGAGGCUGAGAAAAUGCAUUGCCACUUUCCUGUUAUAGGUGUCUGUUAGUAAAAGUUGGACU